UUCCCCUUCUUUUCCCUCUUUUCUUACCGCCAAUUCGCCUUAGUGCGAGGUUCGCGCUUGACUUUUUGUAUCCAGCUGUAAACUGGACUGUGUCUACAAUUUCCGGGCUGUUAUGAAUUGCCGUUUAUUAUGACACUCUGUUAAAAACAUUGUGUUUUGCUUUCCUGACCUUUUUGCAACGGGCAAAUCGUUGCUCAAUCUCAUCAAACCAAUGCUCUUGUGAGCUAGCGCAAUUUACCUCAACAUCUAACGCUCUUGUCAAGGCGCCGGUUGAUCCGGCGCACUUAACAUACAGAGUAACCACUAUGAUCAUCACCUAGAUCACAAUGGGCCUGACAACCCCGAUCUCGACUGGGAACUCAACAUUGUUCCGUCCAUAGCAGCCUAUCUAGAUGAAGAGUUGGAGACCUCCAAACUGCGUGAUACUUUGUGCGAUCAAUCGUCAGGUAUCGCCGAAUGCGACGUCCCUCUUGGCAAUCUAGAAGGCUACGACUCUCCUCAAAUGCUGCCAACUUCUCAAUCUAUUUCUUCUCCUGUUCAAUUCACCAUUUUCAGUCCCUCUAAGAACGAAACUCAAUCACCACCAUCUUUCUCCCAUAGCCUUUCUGGCACGUCGCAAUCACCGUCGACGAUUGCUAGCGCCAGCAAUCCAGCCACUCCGCAACUGUCACUUUCGCGCUACAGUUGCGAGAUAUGCUCCAUGGCCUUCAAUCAGCUAUCUGCACUAGCCGACCAUUAUAGAGUUUCGCACUGCCAAAAUAUCUCUGGUUCUUCGAAGCCCUAUAGCUGCGGAAAGCAUAGCUGCCGUUUCAGCCGCCGAGUUGACUUCGAGCGCCACCUGCGGAGCUCGGUCCACUCGCUGGAAAGAUACCGAUGUCGAUGCGGGAAACAGUUUCUUCGACCAGAUCGCCUCCGCGCACAUGCUCAGUCGCCAAAGUGCCGCGGCCGCCUUGGCCUGUACGCGUGCUUAUGUGGACAUGCUGUCGAGAGCUUCCAGGAGCUAUCCAGCCACGUCGGCACAUGUGAUAAAUCGCGCCCCCCUGGUCGACCCAAGAGGAGACAUGAAUAAAGGAGAGAACAUACAGCUUUAGUUGAGAAGAAAACAACUUUUGAGAAGUGAUGCUGCACGACUGCCUUUGUGAAGAACGUCCCUGGCUGGAUGAUUCCACACGAAGUCGAGCACGCAUUUAACGAGUCAGUGCCAACUUGUUGCAAUUCGAAAUACACCAGCAACCUAUUAUCCCGGGUUUCACAUCGCAACACUGCGAUUUUUCUUAGAUGGAGAUACGCCAACGCUCACGCGACCUGAAACACUGGUCACUUUUAUCUCUGCGCACUAGCAUGGAAGGUAGGCUGCAGCAAUGCACUACGAUGGAUAAUAGGUGGUGGUAGUUUUACCGCCCUGGCCUAGUGUUUUCGGGAAUGCAACGGAUGGAAGGAAUAUGGAAAGUCCUGUUUUGAUACGGAGUAUCUAAGCCCAAUUGUCACAUGCUGAAUGAUCAUAUCCAGCCAAUCUGGUCCUGAGCACUUCGUCUGCUAGAGGUCGUGAAGACCCAGGCAAGUCACUCGCCGAUGACUGAACUGACAAAUCUUUCAACAACCAGAAAGACCCAAGAAGCAAGACUUCUUAAUCUGAGGAAUCCCUUGAUGGGAUAGCUAUGGACACCCUCUUCCGAUUUGAGAUCGGUUGAGGUCUGCUGCAAUGGAAAAGGAACUGUCCCUUUACGCAUGGAUGCGCUUUUGUUGGACUUGGUAUGAAUUUUACACUGGAUGUAAGCGCUGUUAUCUUUAUGGCUUUUGGGAUCUUGGAUUUGCGGGAAAGUAUGAGCUGUUUUUGAAGGAAAAGAAGAGUAAGGAAAAAAGGGAUAAGGAAAGGAAAGAUCUUUUAGUCUGAAUACUUAAAGGCUUGGGAAAUUCUUUAUAGUUAUUAUGCCUUUUUUGAUUAAAAAAUUGCUAGUCUUUAGUCUUUUAACUCUCUUGAAAUAUGGCCUUAUAGUAGACCUUUUUUUAUUUAUCUUAAAAGACUCAAGUUUAAAGUUACAA